AUGCCUCUUAACGUGGGUAUAGUAGGAACUGGCAUUUUUGCCACAGACAGACACUUGCCCGUGAUCAAGGGAAUUCCCAACUUGAAGCCGUACGCAGCUUUCAACAGAACAGAGUCCAAGGCCCACACCUUUGCUGAGAAGGCGGGCAUUGACAAGAAGGAUGUUUACCAGAACGUUGAAGACCUCUUGGAUAACAAGGAGGUGGACUUUGUGGACGGUUUGUUGCCUGUCCAGUCCAACUUGGACUUGGUCCAGAAGGCCGUGAAGUUCAACAAGCCCAUUGUCUUUGAGAAGCCAAUUGCAGCCAACUUGGACCAGGCUAAGGAGAUUGUGAAGAUUGCUGAGUCUUCUGACCUCCCAAUUGGUAUUUUGGAGCAAUGGUCGUUUUUGACUGCCAUUGACAAGCUCCACGAGAUCCUCCCUAAGAUUGGUGAUGUGGUUUCCUUCAUCUACAAAUCCACCGGUGCCUGGAACGAGGAUAACAAGUACUUGGCUACUAGCUGGAGACAGAAUCCUGAACAUAUUGGUGGCUUUUUGAGUGAUGGAGGUGUUCACCAAUUGGCAUUGCUCACUGAAGUCUUGGGUGAGGUUGACACCGUCAGUGGUCACACCAAGCAGAUCAGAAAAGAGAGCGGUACCGAUGACAUUUUGUUCUCCACAUUCAAAUUGAAGUCUGGCGCAAUCGGUAACUUCACUUAUGGAUCUGCUUUUGGUGCUACUGACAAGUCCACCAGCUUCACUAUUUAUGGUACCAACGGUUCUAUCUUUUACGACUUCUCCCCAGCGUUGAAGAAGCCCACCAUCACAUACCAGACUGGUCCAAGCUCUCAGCAGGCUUCUGACAAGACCACCAUUGAAAUCGAUGAAGUUGAUGCUAUCGAGAAGGAGUUCGAGAACUUCGCUGAGGCCGUGGAGAAGAAGGACAAGACACUCGUCAAAGUGCCCCCAAGAAAGGCUUUCCAUCAUUUGGCAAUUGUUGCCGCCGCUCUUGAAUCUUCUGAGAAGGACGGUGCUUCUGUCAAGGUUGAGCAUCCAUGA